CAGGAGCCCAACUUGGGUUGUUAAAAAAAGGUAGAGAUCUGGAAUCUCUCUCUUUUUAAAAUCAAUCAUGUCAUCCCCCAAGGAGUUUACCCCCAAUCCCCUGCGGCCGUAUUACCGGCCUCCCACAAUCGAGGAGCGGGCAGAACCGGUAUCGAUCCCGAGCUCGAAUCCGUUCUCUGGUGGCAACAGCUACGAUGUCGCCAGUGGUGCGAAGUACGCCUCCAAGGCGAAGCACAUGCUGAAUGAUCUCGACUACAAGGAGUUGAUUGGCGAACCCUCGCCGUCGGUUGUCGAAAGUGCCAGGGAACUCGUCGAUGAGUUGAUAUGGAAAUACAUGUCCGUCUUGAUCGGGCAGCCUUUUGAGGUUGCCAAGAUGAUCCUGCAGGCUCGGGAUCAAGAUGAAAAGGCUGCUCUCACGGUGGCUGCCGAACCAGAAACCCCUGCCCCCGUCCCUCAGGUAUCAAGUCGAGCUGGCUCGGCAUUUGAUGAGGAAUCUGAUGGCGAGGAACCGGCAUAUUUCACAUCCAGCGAUCCCGCCAUACCCAAUCCCUGGGGCCCCAGCCAGGCUCAGCCUGAGAAGCGACCCAGUAGCCGGCGUGCAGAAUCUCCAUUACAGUCUCCCACGACACCGAAAAAGGUGCCCGUCAUGCCGGAGCACUUCUUGAAUCUUCGUCGGUCUGAUGCUAUUCUUGACGUCAUUGGGCAGCUAUGGCAGAGGGACGGCGCAUGGGGGGUAUGGAAGGGAGCAAAUGCAACCUUUCUGUACACCGUCUUGCAGUCUCUGUUGGAGAAUUGGUCAAGAAGCUUCCUGAGUGCAGUGUUCAACGUGCCAGACCUGGGUGUCAAGGACAACAUUGAGCGUCUUGUUGACAUUGCGUCCCCAUAUCCCUGGGCUUCCUUGCUCGUGGCCGCCGCCGCUGCAGUCACAACCAGCCUCGCCCUUGCGCCUCUAGAUCUCAUACGCACGAGGUUAAUCCUCACCAACCCCUUCAAGGGACAGCGAAGAACCAUUGCAAGCCUUCGAGCCCUCCCAUCUUACUAUUGCCCUUCCACCAUUGUCGUCCCCACCAUUCUUCACUCUCUCGUCAACCCCAUCUUCACUCUCUCCACCCCAUUGGCGCUCAAGACUAAGUUUAUGAUCACAAGCGAAAUUGCGCCCAUGACAUUCUCCGCCGCCAAGUUUUUCGCCUCAUCGGUGGGAAUUCUGAUCAAGCUUCCCCUGGAGACUGUACUGCGCCGAGGCCAACUCUCUGUGCUUUCCGAACCGGAGUACCUGGAGGCUCUCAAUGACGGUGAACCGGCGUUGGAAACCAUUGUACCCAUUGGCAAAUACAAUGGCACUUUCGGCACCAUGUACCACAUCGUUACCGAAGAAGGCACUCGGGAGAUCCCACCCAAGCCCGUGAUCAGCAAGCGAGGCAAGGUCAAGACCAAGAACCUCCUACCAACCUACAAGAAGGGUCAGGGCAUGGAAGGUCUCUGGAGGGGAUGGCGAAUCGGCUGGUGGGGACUGGUUGGUCUCUGGAUGGCCAACAUGGUUGGACACGGUGGUGAUGGUGAGUUUUAAACGGAAAACGAAAUGAGAACGGCCCAAAACGGACCAUGUAUACCAGUGAGAAACGAAAGGGGCAAAGGAAAAAGAUGGGAGAGAUAUCAGUACAUAUCUCCUGUGGACGACAGCACAAGGAAGAAGAAGAAAAUCCCCGCUACAACGACCUUUAUGAUGGAACGACAACACCUGACUAUGCCUUCAUUCAUAUGCGUGCACGAAUAGCCCUGAAACUAUCCGUUCUUUUUCUCUAUUAGAAAGCAGAGCAUUGAGUGGUAUCUAGUUGGCUGAUUUAGGAUUUUUGCUCUGUAGUUGAUAUAGCAUGAAAUGAAUAUAUUACAAUGACAAGUACAUGACAG